AUGGCUGCCCGUACCUUACACGAUAUUUAUACCUCCUGGAACGAUACCGCCGACGCCCUGUCAGCCGGCGCGCAGGCCCUUCGAGAUACGCUCGCCGCCCUGCAGCCCCCAUCGGACGCCCUAGACGACCCUUCCCCACCAGCAGGCGGCGGCACACGCGAUGCAUUCUACAUCCUCCUCCCUCUGCUCAUCAUACUCUCCACCUUUCUUUUCCUGCUCCUGCUCUUCCUCGUAUGCGUCGUCAUCCUCCGCAGACGACGCGGUAUCAUGCUCCGCGACAACGACGGUCCAAUCGACAUGAGCCGCGAGGAGUUCAUCCAAGGUGACGGCGGCUUCGAGGGCGUCGAGUCUCGCUGGCUCGAGGGUGUUACCGAGGUGGAGAGUCGUCCAUAUCUCCGCGCAAAGGACUAUCAGCUCCACUAUCCCCCGAAUUCCAUGCCCACCGAUAUCACAUUAUCGCAGUUCCUCUCCAUCCAGGAGAAGGGCGUCUCCGCAUGGUCCUUCGAACCUGAUUUCGAGGCUAUGAACGCCAUGUUGGUGCAUGCACGCACCGAAGUCACCUUUCUCCCAGACCCGUCUUCAGCAUCGUCCGUUCAAUCCAAUCUCCCUCUGCCCAAACUGAACGAGGUCUACUACUGGGAAGUGAAGAUGUUCGAUCUGCCCGAGACUACCAACGUUGCUGUGGGGCUCGCGACGAAGCCUUAUCCUUCUUUCCGUCUCCCGGGAUUAAGCCGAUAUUCAGUAGCAUAUCAUUCCAGCGGCGAUAAGUCUCACAACUAUCCUUUCACUGCUACACCGUGCGGCUCUCCUCUGAAAGAAGGUGACGUCCUCGGAGUUGGAUUCCGUCCCCGCACAGGAACGGUGUUCUUCACGAAGAACGGACGGAAAAUGGAGGAUGCUUUCAUCGGUCUAAACAACUGGAACCUCUUCCCGACUCUCGGUGCUGACGGCCCGUGCAGUGUGCACGUCAACCUCGGACAGUCGGGCUUCGUCUUCAUAGAGGCUAAUGUGAAGAAGUGGGGAUUGGCGCCGAGCCAGGGCACACUUGCCCCACCCCCCGCAUACGGGAGCGAGCGCGGCAGCAUCUUACUCGCUGCUGGAGGCGCUAUCAUACCGAGCGGUACUACGUCUCCCCAUAGCACUGCCGAGGCGUCCACUCGCUCUAGACGUUCUCAUCGCUCCCGGAGACCUCGCAGUGGACCUGUCAGCAAUGCGCCAGUGGAGUCUUCUCCUCUACGCUCUACACCACUGACUUCACCGUCACCUCCGGAUACGCCACCACCACCUAUCACGCCCAUCGAGGAGGAGUCAGAGAGCACCUCUGCUCCUUCGUCUUCGCGGAGGUACAUAUCGCCCACUGACAUGCCCUUCCAUACGGCGCGUAAUGCUAACAUCCCUUCAUCGCCGACCGUAAGUACGGACGUCCGCGAUGGUGACUCUACUCCCGUAGACGGCGAUCUGCGGUCCGAGUCCGAGUCUGCGCAGUCGUCGCGGUCGCAUUCCCGCGACACAGGUUCAGAGUUCGCGAUCCACGUCCAACCACCGCCAGAAUCCCCCAUGGAGCCCACCCCGCCGACGCCGAACGCGAGAGACAUCCAUCUCCAGGCGUUCGCGUCGUCGUCUGCUCCGGGAUCCGUCCAUACCGAUGGCGCGAGUCCUCUUGCGCGGAACCUGGACACGGCCCGUCAUGACCCGCCUGCAUACUCCCCGCUGGACGCCUAUGCGUAUUCGGAAGGUGUGCAGCUGGACCUCCCCGCCGAACUUAUCGCCGCGGCGUUGGAGCGGGGCACGAUCCCGUCCAACAUGAUUGCCCCGGGCGUAUCUCGGAGCGAUGACAGACAGCGGAGUCGGAGGGAUAGACGAUAA